AUGGCUGGACUUACCGAAGAAGACGCAACUAAGGACUGCGCUCCCGUUUGGUCGUGGACACACAAAGGGCUGGGGGUGAUAUUGAAUCCAGCUAGUAUUGUCCAACUGACGGGAGAUCUCGACCGCGACCUCGUUGGCCUUCUUGAACAUGCCACUUCACUACUCAACAUUAGUGAAUCGCUUCACAAUGCCCAGGAACAGCUAGCGACCAAAGAAUACCCCAGGCUUGCUCCAAUAAUCAACACGGCUGGGUCAAACUCUUCUUCCAGGACCAUGGUCCAGCCUCCCCGCUCCGGUGCUGACUAUGUGGAUGGGUCACUCUCGAGCACCAGCUACCAAAAGCCACUUUGCGAGCCACAAUCAGUCGGUCAAAUGACUCUCCUGAACUUCGACAAUUCAGACCCCGAUCCCCACUCCCAAGGCACCUCCGUUGCCGGUGGAAGGAGAUCGUAUGCACCCAGGAGACCGCUGGAACUAAACAAGAUCCUCUCCGUCGACAAGAUAGUCGAUGACCUUUUGGCGGCAGCUGGCGCGACUAUGAGAUUCAUCAGAGCUCGGAUUUUGUGGGAAUCAUUUUGUAUCUUUCAUCGCCAUUCCUCUCGUCAUAAAGAUGACAGAGAGGUUCAGGUGGCUAUCGUGGACCGUUUCCAAAAAUAUGCACAAAUCUACAAAGAAAUUCAGGGGAUGCUCCUUCGCGGUCGAGUUGACCACCUCCAGGAUUUCCGGGAAGAGAUGAGUCACCUGUCGAAUAUUUUUGAGGUCACGCAUCAGCUACGGAUCGCUCAACAGCAGCUAUUAGAGCAGCAACACUGGGAGGACUGA